AUGGCCACCAGACGUGCUCGUCUUGAAGAUGACCUCUCCUGUCCAAUUUGUGGACAUAUUCUUAGUCAGCCUGUGGUGCUCACCUGCCGGCAUAGAUUCUGUAAAUCCUGCCUGAAUGACAGCUGGGAGGCACAAGGCAGUGGGGAUUCACACUUCUGUCCUCUGUGCUGGCGCCGCUCCUCCAUGGAUCAAAUAGUGGUGAACACCGUGCUGGAGAAGUCCUGCGAAUCCUUCAAGAAGGACAGAAGCAAGAAUGACCCAGAGGCUUGUAAGGAACAUGGGGAGAAGCUCACAUUGUUCUGUGUGGGGGAUCUGGAGCCGAUCUGCGAAGUGUGUGGGAAAGCAGCCGCACACAAAGGGCACAAGAUCUACCCUAUUGGGGAAGGUGCCCUAGACUGUAAGGUAGGCCAGUUAAAGUUACAGGGUUCAUUUCAAAAGUAUUUGUCACAAUGUUGCAGGUGCUGACUUUACGCGCGUCUGAUAAGAACGGUGUUAACGAAGAUAAAUGGGUUUCAAAAUAACUCACAACUGUUUAUUUUACUAAUCAAAGAGACUGCCAUUCAUACCAGUGUUACAUGAAGUCUUCUCUAAGGCUGUGGUGUGUUUUUUUUCUCUUUUUUUAACCAAUUUUGACUUCGAUAUCUCUUCUCCUUUUUUGCCUCUCUAAGUCUGAUAUUCUGAUAUGUGUGAAGGUUUGGCAGAGUUCAUUAACAUUCUAUUAAUAGAUUUAUAUUUUUGGUUGGCUGUUGCCAUUGGAGUCCCAAGAGGACUGAAACUUGACACCCUGAGUUUCUGUGAUGAUCAUCUACUCUCACCUUUUUCAACCUUGAGUGGCAAAAUGAUGAGAAUCUGUUGGUUUCCAUAUUGGGUCUCAUGUCUUGAUUCUCAUUUGAAUGUAGCUUAAUAUGUCACCUGUGUCUGUGGUCUUUCUAUAGGUUUGUCCCUUUAAUCCAAUGCUGAUGGGAAUACUGCUAUGCAUGGGUGUGUGGCAGCUGAAGGCCCCGCUUUGUACUGCAAGCUUGGCCACCUGCCAGACUGACUUUGUUUUCAAGUGUUAAUGCCCUGUUACUGGCUUUAUAGGAGGAACUGAGGAGUGCACUGCUGCCUUUCAAAGAGAAGCUGCAGCUGUAUAAGAAGGCGAAAAUCGCAUGUGAGGAAAUGGCGGAACAUGUCAAGGUAGGGUCAGUUCACACAUGACUUUGACCAAAGUGUGGAAGUCUUGUGUACUCACCAUUCAGCUUUCUCUUUCAGAACCAGGCUGAACAUACUGAAAUGCAGAUCAAAGAGGAAUUCGAGGCCCUUCACCAUUUCCUGAAAGAGCAGGAGGAAGCAAGACUGUCUGCUUUAAGAGCCGAAGAAGAGGAGAAGAAUCUGAUGAUCAAUGAGAGGAUUGAGGAGAUGACCAAUGAAAUGGCGUCCAUCUCCAACAUCAUCCGUGUGGUGGAACAGGAGAUGCACUCUCAAGAUAUCCCGUUUCUCAAGGUAGAAAAGACAACUCAAAUACUUGAUCUUGAUUAAACAGCAAUGUAGUCUUUUAAGCAUCACUCACUAAUGUUAUUUUCCCCUUUUUUCAGAACUAUAAGGAAACAAUUAGGAGGUAAGUGCGAAGUCCACACCCGAAUACAUUUGAGGUUAAGCAAAAAACAGCUCCACAUACACAGAUCAAAACAACUAAAUUUGAUUUCAGAACCUGGAGAACUUCCCUCGAUCCACAAAUGAUCUCUAAUGCCCUGCUCGAUGUGGCAAAACACUUGGGCUCUCUGAAACAUAAAGUGUGGGAGAAGAUGAAGAGCAUAAUAAAAUAUCGUGAGUGCUUUAAAAUCUAACUGUCUUACGGUGAAGCUCUUUCCUUCCUACAUUAGCAACCUUUAUUUUUCCUCCCUCAGACCCUGUGAUCCUGGAUCCAAACACGGCAGCGAGCUGCUUCAUCAUUUCAGAGGAUCUCACGGUGGUGCAGAACACUAUCCAGUUAUUCAAGCUGCCAGACAACCCAGAGCGAUUUGACAUCAGUGCUGAGCUGCUGGCUGCGGAGGGCUACUCUUUUGGACGCCACUCCUGGGAUGUAGAGGUGGGGGAAAACACUUACUGGGUGGUGGGAAUAGCCAGUGAGUCCAUCAACAGGAAGGGGAAGCAUAUUCUGACCCCAGCAGAGGGGUUCUGGACUAUAAGGUUUCGUAAUGGAGAGCACAAGGCCUGCACUGCACCAUGGGAGCCUCUGAACAUGACCAAGAAGCCUGAUACUAUAAGAAUAAUUUUAGAUAUGGACAGAGGCAAGGUGACCUUCUACGACCCUGAUGUGAGAAAACCCCUGUACACCUUCACAGGUAUAGUCACACCUAAAGCCUUUCCUUAUUUCUGCACUGCCUGCAAAGAUUAUCCACUCAAAGUCCGCCCUACAAGGAUAUUUUUAUCAAUGGACAACUAAUUCAUUAUGGAGAAAUACUGCAAUAUUUAAAUUAUGCUGCUUAAAAUAGAAAAAAAAUUGAGAACUGAAGGGCUGGUUGUGCUUAAGAGGUUUGACUGUGAUUUAAAG